GGACGUUAGAUAAGAGUGAUGUCGCGCCAGGAGAAGUCCAAGCCGUCCGGAAUUAUGGACACGCUCUUCGGGCGGCCGAAGCUGCGCGGGAAGGCGAGCAGCUCGAACGGCGGUCGCCCCAUUUCGGAGCCCGAGGGCGACUUGCAGCAGCUCACGGCCGAGGUGUAUAGGAUGACCACGGAGGAGAUCACGCACAAAUUCCUCGACAUCCUGGAGGACAUGAACAUACCCAAGGACAAGCGGCAACCACUGCUGCUCAAGAGUCUGGAGGAGAAGCGCGAGAUGAUUCUCAUGCACACAAAGGGCAAGGCCUCAACUGAGAACCGAACGCACUCGCGCUUCGAGAAGCCAUGGGACUACAUUGUGUACUUGCGCGAUCGCGAGCACCACAUCCACAAGAUCUACUCGUGCGUGGAGAGCCUGAGAGUGGCGCUCACGAGCAACCCCAUCAGCUGGAUCAAGGAGUUCGGCGAGGAGGGAAUCGAUGAGAUUGUGAGCCUGUGGCGGGACUUCAAGCCGCAGAAGUGGUUCGAGAAGACGGAAUACGAGUGCAUCCGAUGUCUGAAGGCGAUCCUGAACAACACAUGGGGGCUGAAUGCCAUCAUUGGGCCGCAGCAGCACGCGGCUGUGCUGCUCCUGGCGCAGUGCCUGGACCCGCGGAAGCCGCACACCAUGUGCGAGGCUCUGAAGCUCCUGGCGGGUCUGUGCCUCAUUCCCGAGAGGAAUGGGUAUGACAAAGUGCUGAGAGCCAUCACGAAUGCCGCCGCCACGGUGGACAAGUCGGGCGAGCGCUUCAGAUUUAUCGUGGAGGGUUUGUUUGUGGAGCACGACGCAAAUGAGACGAAACGGGAUCUCUGCUAUCUUUGCCUCAUGUUUAUCAACACCAUUCUCAACUCACCCGACCUCAAUUUCCGACUGCAUCUCCGGUGUGAGAUCAUGCGGACGGGCUUGUAUGAACGAAUGGAACUGCUGGGCGAUAUUGUGGAGAACAGCAACAUGGAGAUCCUGAAGAAUCACUACAAGAUCUUCAAUGAUGCGCGAGAGGAUGACUCGGAGGAGUUCAGCCAGCGAUUCGACAAUGUGCGACUGGAGUUAGACGAUAUGAAUGACUGUUAUGAGUUGGUGAAGAACAUCGUGUCGGAGACAACGGCAGAGCCAUACUUCCUGUCGAUUCUGCAACACUUGCUCUUCAUCCGGGACGAUCACGAGUAUCGACCAGCGUAUUUCCAGUUGAUUGAGGAGUGUGUCUCGCAGAUAGUAUUCUUCAAGAAUGGCUGCGAUCCAAACUUCCGCAGCCGUGAUUUCCACAUCGAUGUGGAAAUGUUGCUGGACGAGCAGGUGGAGAAGUCUAAGCAGCUGGAUCAGCGUCGGCACGAGGAGUACGAGAAGCGACUGGAAGUGCUCGAGACAGCCAAGCAGGAGGCGGAGGCGCACGUGGCUACACUCAAGGAGAAGAUCAGAGCCUACGAGGAGAGCGGCGUGGCGCCCGUGGUCGUCAGCAAGUUGCCCAACAUUGAUAUUCCACUGCAGGGGAAGUCGACAACUGGAGCACCUCCGCCGCCACCGCCUCCGCCUGGAGGCGUCAUGGCAGCUGGUGGUGGCCCUCCUCCACCCCCACCACCGCCACCACCCGGUGGACCGCGUCCUCCGCCACCGCCAGGCAUGGGACCGCCCCCGCCUCCGCCGCCCGGUGGCUUUCCGGGGCCCAUGCCGCUCGCGAAGGCACCGCUCGUGUUGCCGCACGGGCUGAAGCCCAAGAAAAAGUGGGACGUGGACGGACCCAUCAAAAGGGCCAAUUGGCAGGUCAUUACGCCCACCAGGAUGUCGGAGAAGGCGUUCUGGGUGAAGUGCAAGGAGGAUCGGCUUGCGUCGGAAGAUAUCUUCCAUGGGUUGUCGAGCAAGUUCACCUCAAAGCCGGUGAAAAAGCUGCACAGCGACACAUUGGAUAAGCCGCUCACAUCGAGGAAGAAUGUAGUGGAUUUGCGAGUGUUGGAUGGGAAAUCUGCCCAGAAUAUUGCCAUUCUGCUGGGAGGAUCACUGAAGCACUUGUCAUACGAUCAAAUCAAGCUUUGCUUGCUGAGAUGCGAUACUUCUAUACUCACAUCGAAUAUCCUGCAGCAGUUGAUUCAGUACCUACCGCCACCGGAUCAAAUGAAGCGCCUGCAGGAUCUGAAGAGCAAAAAGGAGGAGUUGACGGGAGUUGAGGACUUUGCGGCGACGAUUGGGGAGAUCAAGAGAUUGAGUCCGAGACUGCACAGCUUGAAUUUCAAGCUGCAGUUUAGCGAUAUGGUACAGGAUGUGAAGCCGGACAUUGUGGCGGGAACUGCGGCUUGCGAAGAGAUGAAGGAGAGUACUAAGUUUGCGAAGAUUCUGGAGUUGAUCCUGUUGAUGGGGAAUUAUAUGAAUUCGGGCACGAAGAACGCACAAGCUUUUGGCUUUGAAAUGAGCUUCCUGACCAAGCUGAGCAGCACGAAGGAUUAUGAGAACAAACAGACACUGCUGCACUAUGUUGUGGACGUGGUGGAGAGAAAGUUCCCGGACGCCCUGGAGCUGGAUAAGGAUCUGUCGCAUGUGGAUAAGGCAAGUCGCGUGAGUAUAGAGAAUAUCCAGAAGACAAUGCGUCAGAUGAAUGCGUCGCUGAAGAAUCUCGACUCGGAUUUGGCCAACAACAAACUGCCACAGAGUGAUGAUGAUAGAUUUGGUGAGGUGAUGGGACAGUUUGCCCACGAUUGCCGGAAGACGGUGGAGGUGUUGAGCAAGAUGGCAGUGCACAUGGAGGAGUUGUUCCGCGAUCUCGCUGAUUACUACACCUUCGAUCCGGCCAAGUACACCAUGGAGGAGUUCUUUGCGGACAUCAAGACGUUCAAGGAUGCCUUCCUGCAAGCCCACGCAGACAAUUUGCGCAUCCGCGAGGAGGAGGAGAAGGCCAGGCGCGCCAGGGAGGCGCGGGAACAGGCUGCAUUGGAUGCCCAGGAGCGCAAGAUGCGCCAGCAAGCCGUGGUGGACAUUGACAAUCCGCAGACGCAGGAGGGCGUCAUGGACAGUCUGCUGGAGGCUCUGCAGACGGGCUCAGCGUUUGGGAAUCGCGACGCGAGGCGGAAGCGUGGCCCCAGGCCAGCAGGAGCGGAGCGUCGGGCUCAGCUGAGUCGCAGUCGAUCCAGGACGCGCGUGGCGCCCGGAAGCCUCAUCACGCGCGAAAUGCUGAACGACAUCAUGUCAUCGUGAUCUCCGAGUCGGAGCAUCGGCCCAUUCAUUCCGCGCUCAUCCCCACGCCUGUACUUAGUUUCUGGGGAGUCCGUGCCAUCAAGCCGGGAGGGAUUUGCUUCCGGACGGGAAAGCCUACAUCGAAUUUCACGUGUCGGGUAAAAUGCAUUUAGUUUGAACCCUGUGAACCUGAAUUUUCUAAGACAUCCGAAAAGUUUUUGACUUUUUGAGACAUUCCAAAAUUUCGGAAAAUGCACUGCGAAGUAUUGAAAAAUGUUGUUAUUAAAAUGUAUUUUUUAUCAUUGAAAUUGUAUGUGGAAAAUUUUUAAUUUUCAAAAACUUCACAAGUUUUAAUAAUAAUCACAAAGUGCUUGAUAAUAUAAACUUCAAAAUAAUGAAAAGAGCCGAUAUUAGCAUUACUAGGAUUAAGUUGGACUUUUAUUGCUAUAUUCAUAUGAUAAAAAUGUGCCUGAACAUUUGAUGGUAAAGUCUGAUAAAUAGAAAUUAUCCAAACACACUGGAAUCUUGGAAAAUUCAGGUAUUAAUUGUCUCUU